GGCUGCGUCAUGACGUCACAUCCGCCGCCGCGCAUCGCUAUAGCAACGGAUGAGGCGGCCGAGCGGCCAUGGCGGCGGAGCGGCGGUGCCGGGAGGUGGCCGGGCCCGGCCCGCACUCCGUAGCGGUGAGAGCCAAGCCUCCUAAAGAGCAAAGAAAUGAAAAUUUUGUGUUGGCUUGGAGACAGAAAGAAAAGGAACUCCUUGAAAAGACUAAAUUAAUAAAGCUGUUCGACCAGUACUGCAAGGUCUACAGGUGGCAGCAAUGCAAAGAGCAAAAAUGGCUGAACAGUGCUGUGCAGAGAAAGGUUGACGUGACAAUGCAGGAGUAUAUGGCCGGGAUUGACGAGAGGAGAAUGAGGCUUUGUGAGCUUCUGGAAGCAGAGGAAAGUAGGUACUGUGCUGAAAUGGAGGCACUUGAAGAAACAGCACAGGAGAAACAAGCAAAGAUGAGGGAGCGAGCAAAAUUACUGAAAGAGAAGAGAGAAGAAGAAAGACAACAACUGGUGGCUGAAAAGAGAGAGCAGCAAUUCAGAGAACAAUCUGAAGAGCUUCGUACACUGUGGAUGAAGAAGCAUCAGAAAGAAGUGUUUGAAGACCAGCUGGCCCAGGUAGCACUGAAGGAGGAGUUGGAAAAGCAGCAGCAGAAGGAAGACCAGAUGGUUGAAGAGCUUUUGAAGGAGGAUAUGUUAGCAAAGGAAAAGCAAGAAGCGGUGAAGAUGCAGAAAGUAGCAGAACAGAAUCGGGAAGCUCUGAAUGCGCUCAAUGCCCAGGUAGCAGUGCUGAGGGCUCACAAAGAGGAGGCAAAGCGGCUGAAGGAGGAAGAGGCUCGACUGCUGGAAGAAGAACAGCAACUGCUUAAACUAGAAAAUGAACAACUUCAGCUGGAGAAACUGCAGAAACAGAGGGAAUGCAGGGAUAUGCUGCUCAGUGCAGCACAGGACAGGAAGAAUCAUCUUAAUGAAGAAAAACAAGUUGAACUUGCCUUAGAGAUGAAGAUCUUAGAAAAAGCUCUUCAGGACCCCCAGGAGAACAUUGAGAAAGCAAGAAGAAAACAAGAGCUGUUAAAGGAGCAGAAGACUUACCUGGCGCACCUGGCUCAACAGCAGGAGGAGGAGAACCAGCGACAAAAAGAAGAGGACAAGAUCGUUGAUGAGGAGAUAGCAAAGAUUUGGGACAAAAAAGCUGAGCAAUUGAGACUAGAAAAGGAGGCUAGAAAGCAGCUUCUGAAUGAUGUCCUGAAUACAAGACAACUGCAGAUUGAGGAGAAGUUGCAGAGAAAUGUAAAGAAGCAGGAAGAACUCGCUCAGGAGAAGAAGUUACUAGCUGAAGCAAUCAGUGAAUUCAAGCAUACAGAAAAAGAAAAAUAUGCAAGAAAAGUAAAAGAAGCAAAAGAAUACCAAGAGCAACUCAGGGCUCAAAUGGCCUGUCGACAACAGGCCCGCAAUGCUGAGCAAGAAGAGAAGCAGCGAGAUUAUGAAUCGAGUCUAGAAGCAGAGAGAGCUUACCAAGAAAAGGUACAGGACAUUCUAUCAAUACCUCUUGAGAAAGUAGCAAAAACCCACCCUUUCAGAAGAAAACUAAUGUCUUGACUCUAAAGAAGAUCACCCACUAUGGUAUUUUAGCUCCCUCAGUUGCCUUUAAAAACAUUUUCUAAA